GCGAUAGCUUCGGUAGAAUCGGGGACGUUUAAUUGGAAUUACUAUGAAGAGUUUCUAAAGGUCGAACAAAACAGUACAGAAAGGGAACCAGGCUAGAGGAAUGGAAAGAGAGAGAGAGAAUGAUAAUAGAUGAAGCACGAGAGGGAGGACACAGAUGAGCCGUGGUCCAGGUAGAUGGAAUGUCUUCUACCUGGGCGUGUUGUGGGGAGUUGCGCUACUGAGCUUCCCAGCUGCUACUUUCUUCUCGGCGAGGGUUGCCCCCAGAAAGGCAUCCCAGUUUCCGACAUCCUUCGAAUCGAAUUUAUCGACAUGGAACGUGUAUAUGUAAAGUAUUCUUGGUUCGCGCUGUAGUGCAUGCAAUGUGGUAUUAGUCAUCACCUUCGAAUGUAACAAACAACGCAAGCGCGUUGUAUCCAAAGACAUCCACUACGAGCCAAUGAUAUCCAACGAAUCGCAAUGCGGGUUUACUACUCAAUGGUAUGAGUCAUACAGCUUUCAGUCGUCAUAGCUGUGUAUGACUGAUCGUCGAAUGUUAUCUAGAAUACGCGCGUGAACUGAACAUUGACAAAUAAAAAAAAAUGUGGAUUAUAAACCUCCGUAUGGACAAUAGGGCACGAUUGAAAGAGCGAUGUGGUGGAAAGUGAACCAGUGAUAUACACACAGAAAUAUUUUUUUCUACUGUUUUACCUGUCCAUUUGCCGAUUAGAUGUGCAUCGAGGAUCGAGGAGAUUAGCAUUUCAAAUAUUCCAAUUUGUUAAAGCUAUUCCAGAUAUAGCGGGUGACGUAUAUAGAAGUCGUCAUGUCGGCAGUGUGUCUGGAGGUAUCGGGGAGCAGCCCGAGAGAUCGUCUCACUCUUCAGUUGAACAGGAGCUUGAGCGAGCCAGGACCCACGACGCCGUCCUCUAACUUUCUGAGUCCCCCUAAACGCUGCAAACUGGAGUCCGCGAGCGUGAGUCUGCCGGCGAGUCCGUGCGGCGAGAGCGCGACCAUUCAGCGUGCCCUCAUCAUGACGAAGGUGACCACGGUGGAUGCCGACGAGCUCAGGCAGAAGAUGGAGAGCUCAAGGUCGGGUACCAGACCCUUCCUGAUCGUUGACUGUCGACCUUUCAUAUCAUACAACAUCAGCCACAUCGACGGUGCCAUCAACGUGAACUGCUCGGACCGCAUCAACAAGAGGCGGCUGCAGCACGGCAAGGCCACCCUCGCCGAUCUGGCGACUACCCGUGAAGGAAAGGAGCUCCUCAGGAAGCGCACCUUUCGGGAAGUGUUAGUGUACGACGACGGCACCUGCGACAAGGACAGAGUCAACGCGACCCACCCCCUGCUGCCGGUCCUCUCCUCAUUGGUUGAAGAUAACAGGGAGCCCGUCCUACUGCUAGGAGGUCACAGAGAGUUCCAUAGGAAGCAUAAGGACUUCUGCGAAGACACGCUUGCGAAUGGACUGUCGUCGAAGGGACUACCAUCGUCGGCGUCGUGUCCAGCAAUUGCAGACAUCGAAUCGCAGCCUGCCUCAAGAGUAUUGCCUUAUUUGUAUCUCGGCAACAGCCGGGACGCCGCCGACCUCACAUGCCUGCAGGACCUGGGUACCACCUGCGUCCUGAACGUAACAUCGCAGCUACCUGGAUACCACGAGACCUGCGGCAUCACCUACAAACAGAUUCCGGCCUCGGAUUCCGGCCAGCAAAAUCUCAAGCAGUAUUUCGAAGAAGCCUUUGAAUUCAUCGAGGAUGCAAGGAAAAAGGGUUCGAAAGUAUUAGUACAUUGCCAGGCGGGCGUGUCCCGUAGUGCCACAAUAGCCAUCGCUUACAUAAUGAAAUACAAGCAAAAAUCAAUGGUAGAAGCGUACAAAAUGGUAAAAGCCGUCAGACCCAUCAUAUCGCCGAACUUGAACUUCAUGGGACAACUGUUGGAGCUGGAGCAGAGCUUGAGGAACGAGGAGGCCGACUGCAAAUCGCCCUGUCAUCAGUAUCGAUGGAGUCAGCAAAACAGCGAAGAAGUCUCCCAAGGUUGCAGCGUGUAAAAGAGAUGAUACCUCAACGACGCCGUUAUACUAUUAAUUUUAUUAUUUCCCGUUUUUUUUUUCCGAUUUUUUUUUUGUAAUUGAAACGAAAGAAGAAAAAAGAAAGAGAAAAACACACACAAAUCAAGAUGGAUCAUGAAACAUUGCACUACAGUGCCAUUUAUUUAGUCAAAGAGCCAUCUGUUCAUUCUAGUCGCAUAUGAAACAAGGCUGUGUAACCUUUAAAGAUAUUUGCUUGGCAGUCACUGUACUUAGCAAGUAAACAGAAAUCAGACAAAACAAGAAGCAAACAAAAUGAUAUAAAGCGAAAAAGAAAGAGAGAACUGCUUUAUAUGCAAUUUUCGUUUUGUUCCUCACUUAUUUAUCAAAGCACAUGAUGAUUGUUUAAACAAGAGUAAAUAAAUAAAUUAAUUAUUGAGACAGCAAAGUAAAAAUGGUUAAACAGUGAAUGGAAAUGUGUGCCAUCGAAAUGGCAAUUUCCAAACGAGCGAAUGAAAGAAAAAAAA